GGAACGAAGAGCGCGCGUUUGGAAGUACGGGAACGCGCCAAACAGUGCAGAUGUGUCGCAGAUUUGAGAAGUCACUAUCAGUUUAUUUCAAAGAGUAAGCAGAACGUUCUGUAUUGGACCAAUGGAGCUGUCAGCAAUUGGUGAACAAGUGUUUGCUGUGGAAUCAAUAAUCAAGAAAAGAGUUAGAAAGGGGAACGUGGAAUAUCUAUUGAAGUGGAAGGGAUGGCCCCCCAAAUACAGUACAUGGGAACCAGAGGAGCACAUCUUGGACCAGCGUCUGGUGCAGGCCUAUGAGGAAAAAGACCAAAAGGACAGAGCUCUAGGGUACCGGAAGAGAGGACCCAAAGCUAAAAGGCUUCUAAUACAGAACACUAUUUACACCAUGGAUCUCCGUAGUGCCCACAAGGCCCCAGAGAAGCCUCCAGCUCGCCUACGUCUCUCCCUGACUCGCUCACUGGACUCUGAGGCAGAGGAUCCGACCUACGGGGCCUGUAGACGGAGCCUGCACCCCCACCUGGACCACCACAAAAACAAACCCAGGAGGUCACAGUUCGUGCGCCUGGCCUCUCCCCCUGGUCCCCCUACCCCCACACAGGACCCCACACAUGAGGACUGGGGAAGGAGGGAAGAGGAAGAUGAGGAGGAGGACAUGGAGGAGGAAGCUCGACAGGAUGAGUCAGAGCGAGAGACAGAGAUGUCCUGCGGCAUUCUGAAUGGGCAGAAUAGGGCAGAGGACUGGAGUUCCGUGAUUGGCUCAGAGGAAGUGACCGUGUCAGAGAGGUCGGAUGUUUGGAACCCAGUGAUUGGCCCAGGGGAGGUGACCGUGACUGACGUCACCAUAAACUCUCUCACAGUGACUUUCAGAGAGGCCCUGGCAGCCAAAGGCUUCUUCAGAGGCUGGGGCUUAGAGUUCUAGAGAGUCUUGAGUUUUAUCUUCACACUGUCGGGAAUGCGUGAACUCUUUCUCCUCAUACGUUUACCCUUCUUCCCUUUCUGGCCUUGUGAGUGACCUCUGUCCACACUAACUUCCUCUUCUGUUCAAUAGGCAGACUGUAGUGUACAGUAUACACCGACUACAUUGAGAUGGGCAUACACUCCUACAUCGAGCUGGCUAUACACAGUAUACUGUAUAUCAUAGCCUUCUAUACAAGAAAGGGUUUUGUGCACUGCAUAUGGACUGUUAUUAUUAGAUGUGGCUUAGAGUCUUGUAAUGAUUUAGAAAUCCUCUACAAAAUGACUUAAUCAGCCUGCAUACUUUUCUCCUCUCCUCUCUAUGGGUACAUAGUGAUAAUCAAGACAUGUUGGAUCCCAUUAACACCCUGCGCAACACAUGCAGUGUACACUGCACUUAAAAGUGGAACCAAAACCUUUUUUAUUUAUUUUUUUACAAAAAACUGACUUGGGAACAGUCUGUUCUGAAUUGCACUGUAUUUACAUCAUGAUGUGGUCAUCUUUGUGGAAUCUACCAUUGGUCAGUGGCUGUUUAUCCCACUCCAAGCCGAGGCUGAUGGUGUCUUGUGAGUAUGACUCGGUAAAAUGAUCUCCCUCUGCGAUCACAAUGCAGCAAGGGAUUAUGGGACUGCAUGAAGUUACUCUUUCUGGAGAUAUUUUGGGGCUUGUAAACGUGCGUCUGCACACGCACUCACAACAAAGCAACACUGACUGCCCCCUCUUUUUGGAUGUUUAUUCAGCUAUCCUUUGAAGUAAGAGGAAACAGACUGAAGGGUAUUGUAUUUUUAGUCCUUAUUUUUUCUAUAUAUCGAUCUGACUGAAUGUAAUUCAAUGUAUUUAUUAUUUGAAGGAGAACUUGUGUAUUAGUAAAUACUGAACAGAUUUUUUUGGUAACACUUUACUUGACACCCAGCGUCAUAACACAUUGACAUGUUCAUAACCAUGUCAUAACAGCUGACAACUUGUCAUAACAUACAUUGUGUAAUUUUAUGGCUGGUUAUGACACCUACACUACCAGUCAAAAGUUUUAGAACACCUACUCAUUCAAGGGUUUAAAAACAAAAUUUAUUCUACAUUGUAGG